AUUUCACCAGAGCAAAGUUUACCAGUAUAUUUUCGAAGAAUGGCGAACGCUUAUUUAAUGAAGAAAUGGACAAGACUGUAUAAAACUUUUGAUUUAAACAAAGACGACGUCUUAACAGUUGAUGAUGCCAAUUUGUUUUCGGAUAGAUUUAUUGAAAGCAACAAACUGAAGGGUGAGCAGGCCACAGAAUUCAAGACAAAAUUUUUAAAUUGGUUUCGAGAUUUUCUCCUGAAAGGAGAAGAGAAAAUGACAGAGGAUGGAUUCGUUAAAAAGAUGAGAGAGGAAUAUCAAAAAGACGGAAAAGAAUUUGAGAAAUCCGUCAGAAAGGAUAUGUCUGUAUUGGUAUCGAUCACAGAUGUUAACAAAGAUAAUAUGAUAUCCAAAGAAGAGGUUAGGGAAGCACUGAAAGCAAUGGGAUUGGUUACCUUUGAUGAGAAGUAUUUUAACGCAUAUCCACAAAUUAAACCAGGCUUCAUAGAAGCUAAUCUUUUUUUGCAAAGUUGGGUUGAGUAUUGCUGUAACAGCGACGAUAGAGAUGUCAGUAAUUUGGAGAAAGCUCGUCUGUAUGGAUUUAGAAUGAUUGAUUCUAUUUAAGGAUUCAGUUUCUUUCAUUAUUCAAUUAUACGUAAUAAGAAUUAACACUGUAUCACUUACCUGUCUGUAUAAUUUGUUAAACUUUUUGAAUGCAAACUCUUCCAUACUCCCAUGGCAUUGUCCCUUCUCCAUUUUCAGUUCCAAGAAAUGAAAUGUUUUCGUAAAUACCUGUUUUUGCAAAUAAAACAGAGUCUAUUUUGUAUA